UCCACAUAUUCUAGUCCCCUUGCCUAAAACUGGACGUGGAGCAGGAAUCUGAGCUACCAAGCACCUUUUUCUGCAUAAAUCACUUCUGCCAGGGAGUGAGACGUGCUGCCCUGUGCCCUGGCUCCUGGGCAGCUGCUGGGGCAGGCACAGCUCAGCUGCAGCAGCAGGGUCUCACUUUCUGCCUGUGCCCUGGCUGCUCUGCUGCUGCCAGCACACCCUCUGCAACAGGGGCUGCUUAAACCUGACUGGUUUGUGAGCGUGCACUGGUGUUGGGAGUCCUUCAUUCUGCAUCCUUCUAAUAGUUUUCUCUUGCUGGAGAUCAGCUGGAUCGGGAGCACUGAGCAGAGGAAGAGGUCUCCCUGGCAUGUUUGAGCCUCCUCCCCAGCGAGCAGUUCAGCCCAGUGCCAUCCACAGGUUCGGAGCGCUUUGAGAAGAAUUCUGAAUUCCUGCUAGGGGGGCCCUGAGCCGCAGCCACAGCAAACCUGCCCAGCUCAUCACCGCACACACGCCUCACAUCUCCCUGGAGCAGCUGCCAGAGGGGCUGAACUUCCCUGUUUCCUGCUGUGCUGCCCAGAUCCUGCUCCAUGACGGCAGAGGCUGGUGGAAACCCACAUCUCUGUGGUUCUGCGUGAGAUCCUCGCCCCGCUCGCCCACGGCCUCUCCCUGCGCCAGCCCCUGCCUGCAGCGCUGCAUCACCACCCACCAGAUGUGCAAGUGGCUGCAGAGAGCUCCCCUCCCUGAGCACAGGUGCUCUCUGUCAAGAAAAAAAAUGGUGAGCUUGGAAACCAGCUGGAGAUUGCAAAGUCUCCUUUCCCUUGAGGUUGGUGGUCAAUGGUCGUCAUCUACCACACCUAAGGACACUAGAAGAGCUCCACGCUAACUUCUGUAAGGUCUGCUUCACUAUGGAAGAUCAAAUGAUUUUCUGGCUCAGGUUUUGUGAUGUUGGGCAUCUGCCUUGGACCUGGAAUUUGGAAAAGGGAUCGUCUCUGAGGCACGGUUAAAAGACAGAGAAACCAGCCCCAGACAAUGAGCACUUUAAGUAGCACUGGAAUAUUACUCAGCUUAACAACAGUGUCUGUUACACUGGAUUUUAGUUUGCACGGUGGUCUGAUGGCUUGGUCCUUAAGCAGCAAUUUGACUCUGAACCAGAGUUUGCCUACAUCUGAUCCUCUCAACACCUCUGAGAAGGGCGAAGUCUCUCGGAUGUCCGUGAGGGAGAAGAAUUGGCCAGCCCUCCUGAUCUUGGUUGUCAUCCUGCUGACCAUUGGGGGGAACAUACUGGUAAUUAUGGCUGUGUCCUUGGAAAAGAAGUUGCAGAAUGCCACAAACUUCUUCCUGAUGUCGCUGGCAGUAGCAGACAUGCUGGUGGGUAUCCUGGUCAUGCCCGUGUCGCUCAUUGCAAUCCUGUACGAUUAUGCUUGGCCUUUGCCUAAACAGUUGUGCCCUAUAUGGAUUUCCCUAGAUGUACUCUUUUCAACUGCAUCUAUCAUGCAUCUCUGUGCCAUCUCUCUUGAUCGGUACGUAGCAAUUCGCAAUCCCAUUGAGCACAGCCGCUUCAAUUCCCGCACCAAGGCCAUUAUGAAAAUUGCUGCAGUUUGGACCAUAUCCAUAGGGAUAUCUAUGCCUAUUCCGGUCAUUGGUUUGCAGGAUGACUCCCGGGUGUUUGUAAAUGGGACCUGCGUCCUUAACGACGAGAACUUCAUCCUCAUUGGAUCCUUCAUGGCUUUCUUCAUCCCUCUCAUCAUCAUGGUGAUCACGUACUGCCUGACUGUCCAGGUGCUGCAGAGACAGGCCACGGUGUUCAUGUGUGGAGAGGUGCCCAAGCAGAGGAGGAGCAGCGUGAACUGCCUCAAGAAGGAAAACAACACAGAGAACAUCUCAAUGCUUCACAAUCACGAGGGGGCAUCCCACUUGAACUCCCCUGUAAAUAAGGAGGCCGUGCUUUUCCGGAAAGGAACGAUGCAGUCCAUCAACAACGAGCGAAGAGCCUCCAAGGUCCUGGGCAUCGUCUUCUUUUUGUUCCUCAUCAUGUGGUGCCCGUUUUUCAUCACGAAUGUCAUGUCUGUCCUUUGCAAGGAAGCCUGCGAUAAAGACCUGCUGAGUGAACUCCUUGACGUGUUUGUUUGGGUGGGGUACGUGUGCUCCGGCGUCAAUCCCCUGGUGUACACCCUCUUCAACAAAACCUACCGCAGGGCUUUCUCCAAUUACAUCCGCUGCCAAUACAAGCCCGGUAAAAAAUCAGCACUGCAGCAGAAUCAGUGUCUGAAUGUGGCUUCAACAGCUUUAUAUGGGAAAGACCUGACUUUAACUAGUUAUCGAAAUGGCAAUGACUUCAAUAGCAUGGAACUAGACGAAGCUGAGGAGGGCCUUGAGAUGCAACCAGGGACUUCAGAGCUCUCCAUAAACAGCUGUAAUGUUGUAAGUGAACGAGUGAGCUGUGUGUAAAAGUGACUCUCACAGACCUUUGCUACGGUGUAUCUGUAGCCAAAAUAUAUUGUGUAAAAAUGUAAGCGUCGGUCAAAGGACAAUGUAAAUAUUGCAUUCUGAACAAAGCUUUGUUUUUUUUUUAAAGAGAAAAAAGAGUUGUCUUUCCAGUCCAGUACUUAAAAUAAUAUAUAUUAAUAUACUGCAGUGAAGUUUAAGGUUCUAUAUUUACUGUUAAUACUAGAUCAGAACUAUUAGUUACUUUGCAUAUGUCAUGGACAAAAUGUUUGAAUUCUUCUUCCAGUGCAUGAACAAAAAUGCUGAUUAUUUAUCUCAGGUGGAAUUUGCUGGAGUCCAGAAUGGCACGUUAAUAGUUAUAUAUCAAAUACAUGCUAUUAGACUUGGUCAGUAUAACUUUCUUUUUCAAGUUGACAGUAAAUAUAUACUUUAAAUCCUCACCCCUAUUUGUGCCGUGUAAAGACUUUACAGAAACCUGGCAGAGAGAUAUCAAAACAGCGUAGUGGCCGUGCAGGCACCUGGCCAGACAUGUCCUGUUAUGUGUAGUGGUUUCUGGGUCAAUCUUGCACUUCAAGGGACCUUUGUUAGGUUCUGGCUCCCUCUCCAAUCCUGCUGUUUUCUUUCCAUUCCUCAAGAGGCUCUGGCUCCCCUAAGAAAGGCAGGGAAUGUGGUUGUGCAGUCCUGGCUGGGAUCACUUUCAGACUUGGAGAAGCAUGAGAAACAGAGCGAUCCCCAGUUAUCUAUUUCAAACAUUCAAUAAAUGGAAGGCCUAGGAUUUAUUAAAAGCCCUCCCUUGGUGUUGCAGGUAACCAUCAGCUCUGGGAUGGAGCAGGCUGUGCUCAGUGUGGCCAGCACUGCCUCCACAGAUUGCUGGAGGAUCAGGGGCCUUGGGCUCCUGAAGGAGAGCUCUCUGGCCAUGGAAGAGCCCAAAUCUCUGCUCUUCUCACUCCUCACAUGUUGUUAUUCUUUAGCUGGUUUAGCAUUUGCUUUUAUUCUCCAGCACGGUGCUGGUGGUAGAGCACUGCUGUGGGCACAGAGCAGAAGGUUCUCUGUGUGUGUGUGGUGCUGGCCAGGGUCGAGCUGUGAGGAGCAGGAUGUGCCUCCCUGCAGAACGCUGGAGAGAGGUGUAAGCCCUGCUCCUGUCUCAGGAGGGGGUGGGCAGAGCUGAACAGAGCAUUGGAAUCAUUUGCUGGUGACAUGGUUCUGAAGCAAAUGGUGACCAAGGACAGCAGGGAAGCAGGCCUGGAGCUAGUCUGCGAGGAAUAUGAAUCUGGAGUAACUUUUAAAUUUGAUUUAUUCCAUUUUACUCCCAAAGUAAAUUAGAGUAUAUCAUAUUAACACCACUAACAUCUCUAAUGAAAGCAUCCACAUUGGGAUUGAAUGCAUUUUAAGUAAUCUGCUUUUAAUACACACCAUGUAUAAUUUGAAUUAAUUUUCCUCUGCAUUCCUGUGUACACAAACCCUCCAAGGCACUGUGUCUUUCUGGCACUGUGCCUCUGGGGUGAUGCCUCUCAUGCAGAUUUCCUUAUGUGGAGUAUUGUCUGAUGCCAGAUAUCACCCAUAAGGUUUUUAUAUCUUCAUUAACUACUACACAGAUGCUGCAGUGCCCAUCUAACAUGGAUGCAUUUAGCAUCACUGACAGCCUCUGGCUAAGAUAAUUGUCAGAACAGAGAAGCUUACACUGGGCAUGGAUAAAUCGCAUUUUAUUUACAUGAAUUGCUUGUACUCUCAGCUUGUUGUGUUUAUUCCAUUAAAAUUAACUUGUAGAAGAACUGGAAAAUUCUGCCAGUGCUUGAGGUUGCACUGGCUGUGUGCAGCUACAACCUUGCUGAGGCCAAUACUAAAACACAACAUUUGGGUUGUAUCUGCUGCUGGGUUGAUCCCAGACUGGUGCACUGAAGUUGAAGAUCUUUUCUCCUUCAUCCCCUCCUGGGAUAAAUCCAUACUCCUUUCCUGCAGGCAGAUGAGGCAUCCCAGUGCAGAGUGCAGCUCACUGCUUGCAGAAGGCAGCAGAGCUGCUCCAUGUGCCAGCCUGCAGAUACCACCACAGGCCUGAAUGCUUGGGAAUCCACUUGCCUCUCAAAAAAGGUCAGGUAAUCUGUAGGAAAACCUCUGUCCAGAGACACAAACUUGCACCUUCAGUGACUGCCCUUUAACCUGAGUCAGAUUUUAUUUCAAACAGUACAGAAAAAUCAGAAAAAUCACAAUGUGUUUUAAUUUUUUUUCCCCUUUGGGUGAAUUUAUAGCACAUCUCUUCCAGACACGUGUAUGUGUGUGUGUAUAUAUAUACACACACACAUAUAUAUCUUUAAGAACCAACCACAGACUUUGAAAGCAUUUAGCAAUAAGUUGAGUUACAGUAGCUUCUAGCACAUGUGUAAGUUGUGUGAACAGCUCAUUUUCCACAGCAUCCUGGAGCUCAGUGUGAGUGCUCACACAGGCAUUGUCUUCGCAUAGGAGCCUUCACGUCUCACCCUUGCCGGUUCUGUUGUGUGGGCAGAAAGGGAACCUGCUAUAUUUGGAUGUAAAUAAUGAGAAUUGAACAGAGAAUUUUCAGAAUUUUUAUAAGCAUUUUUAAAAAAAUUCAGCACCAGAACUGUAAAUAUGCCAACCUCAGCUGGACCCGUUCUGAUGUCCAUCUCUUGUUUGGAUGAAGAGCCAAGGGGACUGCCUUACAGCACCUGUGUUCCUCCCAGCCAGCAGGGGAGAACAUUUCUCUGAAUGGUUAAAUACUGUCACGUACCCAACUUUCUUUGGGUCAUUCACAUCAGGGUUUUGUGAUGCUGCUAUUAAUUUAUUAAAGAAAGUUUGUUGAUUUAGUCAUUCUUCAUUAUUUUUUUUUCAUGGUUUAUCCAAAAAUAAAUAAGUGAACAUGCCCUCUCUUUCUUUCAUCUGUCCCCAGUUAAAAUAUGUCCUGACCAAAAAACCAAACCAAUAGCAAAAAGCGAGGAUAAGGACCUAUCCUUGAAGCAUGGCCCACAGCUGCUUAAUCCCAGGAAUCAGUGUCAGCAGAUGUCCCAGCACUCCCAACCCCAAGACUGUGAAAUGUGAAAGCAGUGAUAGACUAUUCUUCCUCUUCAAAUCUCUCCCUCCAGGAACAACUGCUAAAAUUUACAUUUUUUAAACUAUGUGAGUUUGAAGAACUGAUUUAGUUCUCUGAAGCUUAACCAAAGUCAGGUUGUCCCCACAGCUCCUUUGCUUCUCCUGAGAUGUAACCAUUAACUGUGGUGGUGCCUCCAGAAGCCCUGCCUGGGGCUGGCUUGUGGGAACACCUGCUGGAAGCUUGGUGUGAGUCCUCAAAUCCCAGCUCAGGUAUGGUUUUGUCUUACAAAUAGUGUUUGUGGUAGUGUUUUGCUUUGAUUUGGACUGAAGAAGAGAAUUCCUUGGAAAUGGUUGGAGGCUGAGAUGUGCUGGCUGCUUUGUUUCCCAAACCAGAUGGAGCUGUGCAGACAGGCUGCCCAUGGGACAGCACACACGCAGAGGCUCUGCCCCAGCAAACAGACCACCCCCUUUGACUGGAACGGGGCAAUCUGCUCCUGGGGGCAGCCCGGGUCAGAAUUGGCUUCCUGAGCUGUAGGGGCUUGCAGUCUUCCCUGCCCGGGGUCAGCAGCAAGGCUGGCUCCGGUGUUCAGGCACAAACCCCUGUGGCUGGGCAGCCUGGUUUCUAGACCUGAGCAUCUGUUCCACGCUGCCCCACACAGCCAGGUCUGGGGAUCAGCUGUGGUGGCUUUGGGGACCUGUGUGUGCCUCACAGUCUGUGCUUGAGGAGAAGGUCAGCUCCUCCCAUCCUGUGCUUGCUGAAGAUAAGAGCAGCUACCCAGAGGCUGUGGCAUUUGGGAGGUGACACGGUUCAGAGCCAAUGCUGAGGAGUCUUAAGGCAUCCCACCUCAGCACGGCUCUUUAAUGUCUGAGUAACUGCGAGUCUGCAAUAGUUUUCAUCUGAGUGAUAAUUUAAAGAUGUAAAUGUUAGGUGAUGUGUGAGUAAGCACUGUGAACAGUGUGGUUCUUGCUGUUUUCUCUGCAGAGACACUCGUGUCAAUCCUUAGAGCCUUUCUUCUGGAGAGCCCU